AUGUAUUCAAAUGCAGGGGACACUUAUAAUAAUGGAGUUAUGCAACCGCAUGGAUUUAAACAAGAGAUCAGUCCCAUAUCACGAUCAGAAAGUUCAGAAUCAUUAAACAGUUUAACAUCUACGAGAAGCUCAUCAAGCAAUAGGCCAAAGACUUAUUUUUGUGAUUAUGAUGGCUGUGAUAAGGCAUUCACAAGACCAUCAAUUUUGACUGAACACCAAUUGAGCGUACACCAAGGUUUAAGAGCUUUUCAGUGCGAUAAGUGUCCUAAAUCCUUUGUUAAAAAGAGCCAUUUGGAGAGACAUUUGUAUUCACAUUCUGAUACGAAACCAUUUCAAUGCUCAUAUUGUGGAAAAGGAGUGACAACUCGUCAGCAAUUGAAGCGACACGAAGUAACACAUACAAAAUCAUUUAUCUGUCCAGAAGAAGGAUGUGACCUCCGAUUUUACAAGCAUCCACAAUUAAGGGCACAUAUUUUAUCAGUACAUCUACACAAACUAUCUUGUCCACAUUGUGAUAAGAGUUUCCAGAGACCGUAUAGACUAAGAAAUCAUAUUUCUAAGCACCAUGACCCUGAGGUUGAGAAUCCUUACCAGUGUACUUUUGCUGGCUGUUGUAAGGAGUUCCGUAUAUGGUCGCAGCUACAAUCGCAUAUCAAGAGUGACCAUCCCAAGUUGAAAUGUCCCGUUUGUAACAAGCCAUGUGUGGGGGAAAAUGGUUUACAGAUGCAUAUGAUUAUUCAUGAUGAUUCGUUAGUAACCAAGAACUGGAAAUGCCAUAUAUGCCCUGAUAUAUCUUUCUCUAGAAAGCAUGAUCUUCUCACACAUUAUGAGUCCAUUCAUACAGAAGAAGAUCUCCCAUUAGAAUUGAAGUAUAAAAUUUGCGAUAUUCAGAAAUUAGUUCAGAAUGAAGGGAUCCAACCGGGAAAUGACAAAAACGUCAAUGAAGAGGAUGGUGAAAAGAUUUCUAAUAGGUUGAGGAAAAGGAGAAAGCUUACCAAAAACAAUGGGUUGGAGCUUUUACAAAGUGAAGUUAACCUAGAAAAGCAACUUGAAUCCGGCGAAGAUGGGCUGAAUCUUUUAUUGAAUACUGUUGGGAGAAAACACCAAUGUUUUUAUAGUAAAUGUUAUAGAACUUUUAGGACAAAAGAAAAAUAUGACAAACAUAUAGACAAACAUAAAAUUCAUGAGCUAAAGUUGAAAAUAUUACAAGAAAAGGAAGGAAAUAUUGCGGGAGAGAGCCAGAAUGAAAAGGGUGGCCAAUGUAUCUCAGAAGAAAAUGCAGCAGCCAGUGCCAAAUAG